CAGUCCCACGGCCACGGUCCACCUCGCCUCAUCCCUACGUUUUGUGCGAAAAUCCGAAACCAGUGGAAAAUACAAAGAGUCAAAGACCCGCCAUUAUUAUUAUUAAAGAGCUCCAUAGAAAGAACCUUCCCCUUUUCCUCUCCUUCUCUCCCUCUCUUCUCAAGGUUUAGCGGAACCCUACCCCUACUUCAUAGAAAUCCAUGGCUGCUGCCUCCCUGAAUCUGCCAUUUGCUUCUUCUUCUGCCGCUGCCGCUGCCGCUUCUUCUUCUUCUUCUUCUGCUUCGUCGCUAUUCUCUCGCUAUACUCUCAGCCGUAGACGCUUUGUCUCCUCCGACUCUCGCUCUCGAAUUCACGCCCAUAACACCGUCAGAUGUGAUCUAUCCAAGCCGUUGAAAAAUAUAAAUGGGAAGCCCAUUGUUCCUAUCCUUAACGAGCGGAAUCUACCCAACUUUUUGGAAACUGCACGCAUGGAGAAGACAGUCAACCGAACUAGUACCAGGCUGAAAUUAUUUUCUGGCACUGCAAAUCCUACCCUUUCUCAGGAAAUUGCUUGGUACAUGGGCCUGGAACUCGGAAAGAUCAACAUAAAGCGAUUUGCAGAUGGGGAAAUAUAUGUUCAAUUGCAAGAGAGUGUCAGAGGAUGUGAUGUAUACCUAGUACAGCCUACCUGCCCUCCUGCAAAUGAGAAUCUCAUGGAGCUAUUAGUAAUGAUAGAUGCUUGUCGUAGGGCUUCAGCCAAAACCAUUACUGCAGUGAUUCCAUAUUUUGGAUAUGCUAGAGCUGACAGAAAGACCCAAGGGCGUGAAUCAAUUGCAGCCAAACUAGUUGCAAACCUUAUCACAGAAGCAGGUGCUAACCGUGUUCUAGCUUGUGACCUUCAUUCUGGGCAGUCCAUGGGUUACUUUGAUAUCCCAGUGGAUCAUGUAUAUUCUCUGCCUGUGAUUCUUGAUUAUCUUGCCAGCAAGACAGUCAGUUCUCAAGAUUUGGUAGUUGUUUCCCCUGAUGUUGGUGGGGUAGCAAGGGCACGUGCUUUUGCAAAAAAAUUAUCUGAUGCACCGUUAGCCAUUGUAGACAAAAGGCGCUAUGGACACAAUGCUGCUGAGGUGAUGAAUCUGAUUGGAGAUGUAAAAGGAAAAGUUGCAGUGAUGAUGGAUGACAUGAUUGACACUGCUGGGACCAUUGCUAAAGGUGCAGCUCUUUUGCAUGAAGAGGGGGCCAGGGAGGUCUAUGCAUGCUGCACUCAUGCUGUGUUCAGCCCUCCUGCAAUUGAGAGGUUGUCAAGCGGCCUGUUUCAAGAGGUGAUUGUUACAAACACGAUCCCAGUUGCAGAGAAGAAUUACUUCCCCCAGUUGACUGUUCUUUCAGUGGCAAACCUGCUGGGUGAAACUAUUUGGCGUGUUCAUGAUGAUUGUUCAGUGAGUAGCAUUUUCCAGUGAAAUCAUAUUGGAAAAGUUGAAGACGUCAAUUAGGUUAGCUGGUAAGGUCCACUGAAGCAGUACCAGAGACCCAGAUCAAGUCCUGCAUUCACCAAGAAUGAGAAGGAUUAAAGGAAUAGAGAAGGUUAACUCUUUAUUUAAUGGCCCAUAAGCCCUGUGAAUUUAUGGCCGAAGAAGAAAAGAAAAGGAAAAGGAAAUUGAUUUAAAGAGUCAAGUGUCAGCCGUUCAUUAAAUCUACCAUUCAUGGCUAUUUUCUACAA